UAAUUAAUUGGCUAGGGCUUCUAAGUUUUCGUGGCCGGCUCUGCAAGAAAAUAUACAGUAAGAAGUCACACUCACGGAGAGAAGAAGCAUGUUGUAUUUGGUAGGAUUAGGGUUAGCGGAUGAGAAAGACAUUACAUUGAGAGGGCUUGAAACAGUCAAAAAAUGCAGCAAAGUGUAUAUGGAGGCCUACACUUCUCUUCUCUCCUUUGGUCUCUCUUCCACUGGCAAAUCCGCAUUGGAAAAUCUUUAUGGGAAAUCAAUUAUAGUUGCAGAUAGAGAAAUGGUAGAGGAGAAGGCAGAUGAUAUACUUUCAGAAGCUCAGUCUUCUGAUGUGGCCUUCUUAGUCGUCGGGGAUUCAUUUGGAGCAACAACCCACACUGAUCUUGUUGUGCGAGCGAAGAAGUUGGGGGUGGAUGUUAAGGUGGUACACAAUGCGUCAGUGAUGAAUGCAAUUGGAGUUUGCGGGCUGCAGCUUUAUCGGUAUGGGGAGACAAUUUCAAUACCUUUCUUCACAGAGACCUGGAGGCCUGAUAGUUUUUACGAGAAGAUUAGAAGAAAUAGAACACUCGGAUUGCACACUCUUUGCUUGUUAGAUAUACGAGUGAAGGAACCCUCACUAGAAUCCUUGUGCAGAGGGAAAAGAGAGUAUGAGCCCCCAAGGUAUAUGACAAUAAACACUGCAAUUGAACAGCUCUUAGAGAUUGAGCAAAACCGUGGAGAAUCAGCAUAUAGUGAGGACACUACCUGUGUUGGUUUGGCUCGAGUAGGCAGUGAAGAUCAGAUGAUAGUUGCAGGUUCAAUGAAGCAACUUUUGACAAUAGAUUUUGGACCACCUUUGCAUUGCCUCGUCAUAGUAGGCGACGUUCACCCGGUAGAAAAAGAAAUGCUGGAAUUUUAUACUUUUGGCAAAAGUUCAAACCAAAUUUCUUAAUUUUUAUUGGCUGCAUUAGUGCUAUAGCAUAAUCAAUUGUUGUACACUAUUUCUUUCUUUAUGAUCUCACCAAAUACAAAUACAAGUUUUGAGUUUGUGGAUUAUUGGAAAAAUCUUCACCGAAGAGUGGAGAUGAAGACAAGCAUUUUCCCUUUGAUAUUAUGUGAUCUCACAAGAGAUGUUAUUUAUUAGAUAAAACUUCCCUGACCCAUAAUAUUUUCGAUUAUUUGAUUUUAUGCAAGAAAUCUUGUGUGUACAGGAAUCUUUCGGCCUGUGUGGUUAUAUAAAGCAUUGAAUAAAAUAAAAAAUAAAAAAAUCUAUCUACCAUAGGAUAAUAGAGAUUGGAUGUUGCAUCUCUUGGAAUUCUAGUAGGGGUCAUAUCGUUUUUAUAUACCUACAGCACUUUUAUGUCAUGUUCUUGCAUCCUUGGUAUUUGUCACAUUGGUGUCUAGUUGAGUACCUUCUGGGAAAGCUAGUUUCUGCAAAAUUUAGUGUCAUGCUGCUAUGUUGGCUUUUAUGUACAGUUUGUUUUUUUCUUUAGUUUGGUCGAGUGUCAUGAUGCAUUGACUCGACAUGAGCUACGGUGACUAGAUUUUGUGAUGAGUUGAUGCCUUUUAACAUGACAACUCCUUGUGGGUGACAUAACAGAAAUAUGAGUUCUAUACCUUAUUGUGCUUAUUGUAUCUCGGAGUUAAUUGCCUUGAGACAUUUGUGAACGUUUGUCUUGCUUAAUCAUGUUGAUGGGAUUCAAUACGGACAACCUAUAUGUAGAUGCUUAAAUUUUUUGGCGAAUAAGUAAUCUAUCCUAAUACUAAUGCUUUUAUGUUUUGUCGUCUCAGUUGACAGUCAUCAGCUGUGUGCAAGGUGCUAUUCCUCAUUCCGUUGUUUUCUAAUCCAUCUUUUUCCUAUUUUCUCUCUACCUUGUUACCUUUGUUAUUGCUUUCAAAUACCUACCAUCAUUGUUUCUGUGACAUGCAGAAGAGUGGGCUUGUUUCGGAUAAUUUAUUUAUAUAGUUCUGCUGGUCUUUUAGUUAUUUAUUUUUUCUAUUUCAUAUUCA